CCUCUAGGCAAUCACAUAAAAAGAUAAUAUCAAAUAAUAAUAAUUUAUAUAUAGGGUCUUGGACCAGGCAAUUUUAUAACUCCUCACCGCUCGGCGUCCUCAUUCAUCAUCAUGGCAGAUCAACAACCCAUGACCUUGGAUGCGUUUGUUAGCGCCGCAGAGGCUGGUGAUUUAGCAGUCGACACUCAUGAAGACUUGGUACGCCUAGCAUUCUACUACCAGAAGUAUAAUGAGGGUAUCUUUGAUGCGCUAGAUGAAUUCAGCAGCCACGGCUGGUCCUUUGGUCAAGAAGACCUAAAGUUCAAUCGAAGUUUGGACAUGUUCUACUUUGCUCAGAUCGAGGCAUGCAUCCACAGCACAUACGAACUUGGGGACGGCUCGCUUGAAGACUUGCUAGACGACUAUGACGCUUUCCAUGCACACUUUCACGACUUCUUCCGCGAGGACACCUGGAAGCAAUUCUACUCGCCAGAGUUCCUCGCGCAGCCUGCAUCCAUCCACUUCUACCGCCUCCCGAAUCUGCAAGACCUAACAUACACACAUAGUCCAAUAGGCGACCCACGAGACACAGACCCGGGACACUAUACCAAGCUUCCUCGCUGGGCCUAUUGCGUGCGUGCCACCAAGUACAGACAACCCACACUCCCCGUCUCGCUACUAUACAAGCUUGCCAUUUCUACUCUCCAGGAGACCAUUGAGUCUCAGCGCAAAGAGAACCAUCUAGUCCGCCCAUACUCGGAAACCCAGACGAAAUACUGGCUGAAGCAUUUCAACGUAGCUAUGGAGCGGGAGCCUCGAACCAAGAGAGAUUCCAUGUGGAUAUGGAGACCGCAUGAAAUCGGUCUCGAGGUAGCAAGAGGCCACUUUGAGAUAUGGCAGUGGGAGGCAUGGUACUCACCUGAAGCAUGGGCCGCAACAACAUACGUCGAGCCAGAUCUAGACGGAUCGAAGGAAUCCGAUAUUCGAGGGACUGGCUUCCCCGAUGGAGGAGCUGGUGUCUAUGCAGGCCUAAGAGGAUGGGAGCCGGAGGUGGGAAGCGAAGAAGAAGUGGUAUUCCUGACAGAAGUGGCUAUAAAAGAAACCGAGGGGGUGGAUGCCAGCAUGUUGGACUAUUCGAUCCGUUCGCAUAUGCUGCUGGCCGUUCUGUAUGCUGCGUUUUCGACGCAACGGGAAGCCUUUAUAAAGGAUUUGAAGAAGCGCAUAGUUGCUGGAGGAAGACUAGAGACCAAAGAAGAGGCCGAGCAAUGGAUACGGGAGGCAUUAAAGGUCAUGGAGCCAUAUAUAUCAGAGGAUCAGGAGUGGCCGACCUCUGAAAAGAAUCGAAGUGAGCUGCUGCGGCGCAUUCUCCUCGAUAAUGGGCAGUUGUUUGCGAGAUGGGGAUGGCAUUUUGGAAGUAGAGGGCCGCCCAAGGCGUGUGUGUUUAAUCUUGGGCCAGGAAAGUAGAAACAAACACUGGGGUAGAGUCUUAUCAAAUAAUCAUAUCAUUUCUAACAUCUGUACUGUACACUAUCUAGAAUGCUGAAAACAGCCUCAGCCAGUGUCCUCUUCUCUCCUUCUCCGGAUCUAAACUUGAAAUUUGCAUUUCCAACAUCUACGUAGUCUUGCAGCAUUACCGUUUAAACACAAAAAGUCCUUCAUCCAUCAUAACACAUCAGUUUAUAGUUUCGGGUCCGUCUCUUCAAACGAGCUAAUGUCCGCGUACGGGCGUGGCCCUGAGCUGGCUGCCAGACCAGCCUUGAAGCUGCGGACAUCUGUAAUCUCAACAGCCGCAUUGAUGGCGCAGGCACCGUUGACGGCAGUGUUGGGUUCCACGGGCAGCGGCUUUUGGGAUAGGCCAAGUUCCUUAAUCUGGCUGACCAGCUCCUCGAUAUCUGUGGCAGAGGCCUUUCCUGUCUCCUUAAGGUAUGCCUCUAGCUCGUCGAGGCUCUGGCGCUGCUCCUCGGGCACAUCGGCAAAGCCGGCCUUUGUAAGGGCUUCAACCGUCUUCGUGUUGCGCUCCUCGGCGCCUCGUGCGUGCAAGUGAAUUGAAAGACGGGCGCGGGCCUUGGACGACGGGUGCAGGUAGUGGUUGUAGAAUUCCUGCAUCUGCUCCUUGGUAAGAGUCUUGAUGAGCUCUGCAUCGAGUUGGUCUAUUACGAUUUUGUUAGUAUUUUUUGUGGAUUCAUAGUGUUGGAGAAAAAGACAUACGCUGCUCAAAGUCAAAGUACUCGCUGCUGAUUUGGCCCCAUUGGCGGGCUGUCUCUUGGUCGAGGUUCUUGGGCUUCUCUAGGCGCUUGUUGAUCAAGCUUCGCUUGUGGCCCUCAAAGUCGCUGUCGCUCAUGUCGUCUAGGAUCUUGCCAAACUGCACAAUGAAUGCUUCCACACGCUUGUCCAGGUAGUCUGGGGUUCGUUCACUCUGAAUCAGGAAACGGUAUCCACAUGUUGUGGCAAAGCUUCGUACGCCAGUAAAUACAAUGUAGCCGAGUUGUUCCUUUGUUCGGAGCUGGUCAAAUGCCGGCUCAUGGACCAUCUGGUCGAUCAGGAGAGUCUUGGCGCGGGCAUUGCGGUCGCCGCGGUCACCCACGUAGAACCAAGUCUCAAUGCAGUGGUUGAUGUUGGCUGGGUCUUUAAGUUCCUUCUUGUACACAAAGUUGGAACCUGCGGGGAGAAUCAGCGAGCGGGCAAUAGGCCAUUGGGUCUGAGGGAGGCUGCGAGCCUUGAGGAUAGACGCAAUCAUAUCGCUAACAUGGAUAGCAUCGGCUCUGUACAUGUUGCCAUGGACGUAGACCUCGAAAUGAAGUUGCGAGAGAGCUUGCUUUUGGAACUGGCGGACGUGGUCCGAAGUAACACCUCGCAGCUCUUCCGCAAGUUCUUCAAUAGUGAACUCCUUUUCGGCGUUGAGCCACCAGAUGCAGUCUCCAACUUGCUGGUAGGCUGACCGAAGCUGCCAGUUUUCGUACUCGCGGAUCAACCGCUCGCGGACAAUGUCAAAUCUGUUAUCCUUGAUGUCAAGGUCUCGCAUAGUUGUAGCGACUCUCUCCAGCAACACAGGCAGCUUAUCAUUGUAGCCUGAGAUUUCCAGGAAGAGGCCACGCGCGUCAUCAGAAACAGUAUACUGGAGACCAGCAAGUUCCGCAUCGUAGGAGUACUCUUCAAGAGCGUCGCGAACCAGCUCGGUGAAUAGACGGCUCUUGAUACUGUUUUCGGCGGUGGCAUGGGUGAUGGGUGUUCGAAGGCUGACAAUCAAAUUGGCCUUGGGGACCCAGAAGGUAUCGUCCUUUUUGAACCAAAUACGACAGUCGGCAUCAUUACGCAGCAGACGGGGUGCAAAGGCGGGAGUGGCCACCUCCUUCUUCUCUACUUCUAGCUUAGAAGGGAUGAAGCUGUUCUUGUGAGGCAAAUGAAGCUCGGGGAGGCGGUUAGCUUUCGUAACGUUGACUGCUGCCUUCAACUCCGCCAUAAAGUCUGCUGGGAUCUUUUCAGCAGUGUACUCUGUGCCAUACCACUUCUCCUUCUUUUCCCAUGUGCCUGGGAAGCUUCUUGAUACAAUGCUCAUGCGCAGGUUUUCUGGCUCAAAGAGCUUGAGUGUUUCGUUAAUCCACGCAGGCUCAAACUUUCUUAACCGGCUGCUUCCACUCAACAACCACUCGCGAGGUAGCGGCUUCUGCAUGAUGGAGCUGGUCUUGCUAGUGAAUCGGCUAGCUGGGGUCUUUUGCUUGUAUUUAAAGUCGACAUCCGCCAUACCCUUUUGCUCCUCGAAAAUCCAUUCUUCCGGAGCAGACUCGCGCAACAGCGAGAUGUAUUGAAAGAAAAUCUUGACAAUUUCCUUGUAGUGGUUAAGACCCUCCUCGGUAAGGCGGACAGAAAUAUCGAACAUAGAGGGUGAGCCUGGGCAGACAUCGUAACCACCAGCGGACAGUCCGUUAGCCCAUCCCUUGCCCUUGAUGUAAGCCAUGAUACCGCCAGGGCCCUCGUGGCCGACGAGAUGAGCAACGUAUCUACUAGGGGGACCAGUAAACAUUUGCUCCUCAUUUAAGCAGGGAAACACUAGAUUUAGCUCCCGUGAGUCCAUGACGGGCUUGGCGAACCACUGAAGGCCAAGCUCGCUCUUUCUGAAGGGAGGCUCAUCUUCCCAUCUGUUCUGGGCAAGGUUCUUGUUGACAACGUUGGAGAAGAAUUCGAUGACCCAUUUUUGCAGUACAUCAAGAGACUCGCGUCCCAAGACGACGAGCUUCAUGAUAUUUGCAGAGUAGUGCUUGUCGUGAAACUCCAUAAACUUGUCGCGAACAUUGAUGCCCUGCGCUUCGGGAAUUGUCUUGAGCACUUCAAAAUUGCCAGUAGAAAAAUGGCAAUACGGAUGAUUAGGGUUAGACAACGACUUGUCGAGCUGAUACAGGCGCCAGGUGUCAUUCUGCAGGUUCUUCUUGUUUUCCGAGUCGACCGCCUUCAGCUCUCUGUCCAGCGUGCUUGACAGGAACAACGGUUCGAUAAAGAAUUGUGCGAAUCGGUCGAGCGCGCCUCUCAGAGGGGAAGGAUUUGAGUCGGAAGCCUCGCCAUCGUUGGCGGGUUUGGCGGCAACCUCGAAGUAGUAGUUGGUUGAGGUACCAGCGGUGUAGGCGUUGGAGUAGCCGGAAUUGGCUGACAGGUACUGGCCGUACUCGUUCUCGAUGGGAUAUUUCUUGGUACCCAUGAAAAGCAGCUGGCAGAAUCGUAAUGUCAGCAUAUUGCAUUGUCAAAAUAAAUAGGACGAAUAACGUACGUGUUCGACGGCGUGGGCCAUUCCAGGCAUGCUCUCCUCGUCGCUGAAGUUGCCGACAUGGACAUCAAGAGCAGCACUGGCUUUGUCGGUCUCGCCAUCGUGGACCAGCAUAGCCUCGAGACCAUUUGGAAGGCGAAUAACACGGUACUCCCGUGUAUCCAAGGACGGCUUUUCUAGAGAAUCUGUCAAGAUCUCGACGGCAGCCUCACGGCUGUUCACCGGCAAGCUGUCGGCAGAAGGCAUCGUCAGACGGCCCAGUGGUGAUCAAUGGAAAGCAAAUUGACCGGAAGAAGAAACAGAAUCCCACUUUGUAC